AAGAGACUGAGCGGAGCCCUGCCGCCCAAUCCCCGAAGAAGUUCUACUUUCCCGCCCUCGCACACUCGCCUCCCCCAAUCUCCGGAUCGAUCCCGGUCCCGGCUUCCAGCAUCGACAUGUCUCGAUUGGGUUUGAUCGGGUGGCUAGAUGAUCUGGAAGACGCAGAUGAAGAUGUGGCCGAAAUACCGUCGCUGGUUAUACUCUCGGAGCCAGAUCUUUUUGAAAGGGGAUGGGGAUGGCAGAGGCUGCUGCCGUACAAGCAUGGUUUUAUUGAGUGGCACGAGUUUAAGGGAUACCUUCAGGACUAUUACCGCAAAAAUGCUGAACAAGUCAAUGCUCUUAUUAUGAACCUGAAGCCUGAUUGCUACGAGUGGAGCGUUCCUCCUAAUUUCAACGCCUCGCAUGCUGCGGCAGAUCUGUGUUUUAGGAGAGAGGCCAAACUCCAAAGCCUCCCAAGAAAACUCAGUCGUAAGGACAUCAAACUGAGCAAAGCUAUCCAGGAGCACGCGAGGCUAAAGCUCCGAUCAGGGGAUGAAUCUUUUCUUGCAGCCCAUGGCUUUGUGUGUAUCAUGAAGGAGGCUGAGUUGAUGUGCCAGCUGGUGCAGUGCAAGAAGUUUGACCCUACCAACUUCAUCAGCUUUAGCAAUCAGAUCCGGAGGUCUGCCUUGAAUCUUAUGCUGCACAAUGUGGAUAAAUCUACCGCGAUCCCUGCCGCUGCGGCCAUGGUGGGCCUUGCAAGGGAGGCUAAGUUUGCGCGUUAUGUGCUGGCUCGAGAGGACUCUGAGAGUUACAUGGACCAUGACGUGUGUGAUAUGAUUCGAGAAGGUACCGCUGCAGUUUUAACCAUGCUUGAGAAAGAAUUCGCUCGUGAUACGACUGCCAGCAAUGUUGGUGUGCUUCUUGGAGCUCCUACUGCUCGCAAAUCAGAGGAGCCAGAAGCUAGGACAGUUACCAAGGAUGAGAAGCUUGCAGGCUCUUCUUUGCAGCCAUCAGAGCCGCUUAAGUAACCAAGAAGGAUGGCUACUGUAGUUUCUUCUGGCCUGCAGAAUUUAGUUAUCUUGUUAUGUGCGUUCAAAUUGUGUUAUUACAGUAAUGUUUGUACUGAAAGGUACUUGGUUUUGUGGCAGUGAUGUGCUAUUAUGUUUCCUUUCCUGGGUUUAUGA